AAGCGAGGUUCUUCAACAUAUCGCUGAUUUGCGCCCACGCCCCGACGGAAGAGAAGGACGAUGUGACCAAAGAUGCCUUUUAUGAGUGCUUGGAGCGCACUUAUGUGAGAUGCCCCCGUCACGAUGUAAAAAUCGUGCUUGGCGACUUCAACGCCAGGGUGGGCAAAGAAGGUAUCUUUGGUACUACGGCCGGUAAAUUCAGCCUCCACGACGAAACUUCCCCGAAUGGGUUGAGGCUGAUCGACUUCGCCGGGGCCCGAAAUAUGGUUAUCUGUAGUACUAGAUUCCAGCAUAAGAAGAUCCAUCAAGCUACCUGGCUGUCUCCGGAUCGAAAAACUACCAACCAGAUCGAUCAUGUUGUGAUAGACGGAAGACACGUCUCCAGUGUUUUAGAUGUGCGUGCGCUCCGAGGUCCUAACAUCGACUCGGACCACUAUCUUGUUGCAGCUAAGAUUCGCACCCGCCUCUGUGCAGCAAAAAACGCACGCCAACAAACACAAGGAAGGUUCGACGUCGAGAAGCUGCAAUCACAACAUACAGCCGAACGAUUCUCUACUCGGCUUGCACUCCUGCUCUCUGAGAGCACUCGUCAACAACUCGGUAUAAGGGAACUGUGGGACGGCAUUUCAAACUCUUUACGUACAGCUGCAACCGAAACCAUUGGUUUUCGGAAAGUGCAAAAGAACAGCUGGUACGACGAGGAGUGCCGUGUCGCAGCGGAGAGAAAACAGGCUGCCUACCUCGCAACGUUACGAUCGACCACAACACGUGCGGGAUGGGAUAGAUACCGAGAGUUGAAGAGGGAAGCGAGACGCAUUUGUAGACAGAAGAAGAAAGAAGCCGAAAUGCGUGAGUACGAAGAGCUCGAUAAGCUGGCCGACAGGGGUAAUGCUCGAAAAUUCUACGAAAAGAUGCGGCGACUUACAGAAGGUUUCAAGACCGGAGCAUACUCCUGUAGAACCCCCCGAGGUGAUCUAGUUACCGAUGCCCAGAGCAUACUUAAAUUAUGGAGGGAACACUUCUCCAACCUGCUGAAUGGCAGUGAUAGCACAACACCGGGAGAAGGCGAACCCGAUUCCCCAAUCGAUGACGAUGGAGCAGACGUUCCAUUGCCCGAUCAUGAAGAAGUUCGAAUAGCAAUUGCCCGCCUGAAAAACAACAAAGCGGCAGGGGCCGAUGGAUUGCCGGCCGAGCUAUUCAAACACGGCGGCAAAGAACUGAUAAGGAGCAUGCAUCAACUUCUUUGUAAAAUAUGGUCGGACGAAAGCAUGCCCAACGAUUGGAAUCUAAGUGUGUAAGGUUCUGUCGAGCGUAUUGUGUGAAAGAUUAAAGCCCACCGUCAACAAACUGAUUGGACCUUAUCAGUGUGGCUUCAGACCUGGUAAAUCAACAACCGACCAGAUAUUCACCAUGCGACAAAUCUUGGAAAAGACCCGUGAAAGGAGAAUCGACACUCACCACCUAUUCGUCGAUUUCAAAGCUGCUUUCGACAGCACGAAAAGGAGCUGCCUUUAUGCCGCGAUGUCUGAAUUUGGUAUCCCCGCAAAACUAAUACGGCUGUGUAAACUGACGUUGAGCAACACGAAAAGCUCCGUCAGGAUCGGGAAGGACCUCUCCGAGCCGUUCGAUACCAAACGAGGUUUCAGACAAGGUGAUUCCCUAUCGUGCGACUUUUUCAACCUGCUUCUGGAGAAAAUAGUUCGAGCUGCAGAACUCAACAGAGAAGGUACCAUCUUCUAUAAAAGUGUACAACUGCUGGCGUAUGCCGAUGAUAUUGAUAUCAUAGGCCUCAACACCCGCGCCGUUAGUUCUGCUUUCUCCAGACUGGACAAGGAAGCAAAAGAAAUGGGUCUGGCAGUGAACGAGGGCAAGACGAAAUAUCUCCUGUCAUCAAACAAACAGUCGUCGCACUCGCGACUUGGCACUCACGUCACUGUUGACAGUCAUAACUUUGAAGUUGUAGAUAAUUUCGUCUAUCUUGGAACCAGCGUAAACACCACCAACAACGUCAGCCUAGAAAUCCAACGCAGGAUAACUCUUGCCAACAGGUGCUACUUCGGACUAAGUAGGCAAUUGAGAAGCAAAGUCCUCUCUCGACAAACAAAAACCAAACUCUAUAAGUCACUCAUAAUUCCCGUCCUGCUAUAUGGUGCAGAGGCUUGGACGAUGUCAACAACAGAUGAGUCGACGUUGCGAGUUUUCGAGAGAAAAGUUCUGCGAAAGAUUUAUGGUCCUUUGCGCGUUGGCCACGGCGAAUAUCGCAUUCGAUGGAACGAUGAGCUGUACGAGAUAUACGACGACAUUGACAUAGUUCAGCGAAUUAAAAGACAGCGGCUACGCUGGCUAGGUCAUGUUGUCCGGAUGGACGAAAACACUCCAGCUCUGAAAGUAUUCGACGCAGUACCCGCCGCGGGAAGCAGAGGAAGAGGAAGACCUCCACUCCGGUGGAAGGACCAAGUGGAGAAGGACCUGGCCUCGCUUCGAAUAUCCAAUUGGCGCCACGUAGCGAAAAGAAGAAACGACUGGCGCGCUGUUGUUGACUCGGCUAUAAUCGCAUAAGCGGUGUCUACGCCAAUUAAGAAGAAGAAGAUAUAGUCGUACUCCAUUAAACGCAGAGGAAAUUAAUUUCAAUUACAGAUAAUCGAAAGCUAGACGCGUCGUUGAAAACGCGUUCGGAAUUUUGUGCAGCCGAUUUCACAUUCUUGAAAAUGGGAUAAAUUUGAGUCCACAAAAAGCAUCGAAAAUAGUUUUGGCUUGUUGUUAUCUUCAUAAUUUCUUAUAGAAAAAUAUAGAAUCGAUAUAGAAAAUGUUAUCACAGCACAAACUAAAAACGUAUCUCAGAAAAGUUCUUGUGAGCUUUCAAAAUUAAGACCGCUUCAAGGGGCAAAUGCGGCGAAAUGUGUACGUAAUAAAUACAAAGAGUAUUUCAACACAGUUGCAUCAGUU